AUGCGCCCCUUCACACCAGCGGCCAGGUCCCUCUCUGGUCCCGUCGCCUCAAGUGCGACUCCCGUCAAGUCGAUUCUCAAGCCCGUCUCGUUGCUGAGCAAGAAGCGGUCGCUGUCUGACGAUGUCGCCGACCCGUCCGACCCUUCCGAAAGUCCAACAAAGCGCCGGAAAGUCUUGUUCGACGAGAUCAAAAAUGUGACGUACGAGGUCGGUCGAAGGACCAUGGACGACGUCAAGCGCGAAGUGAGAGUGGCCCUGGAGGAGCACCUGCGUGGGAACGACGGCCAGUACGACAUGCUCAAGGAUCUGUUCGCCAACGACAAGCAGAGGUAUCUGCCCCCCGUCAUUGGCGAGGAGGACGACACGUUGAAGCCGCACGAGCUGCAGGUCUACGUCAUGGCUCUUACGAGCUGCAUCCCCAUCCUCAAGGGCAAGGAGUGCAACGGUUUGGUCAGGACCAUUCUUGGGUGCACCUGGCUCGGCCGGGACGAGGCCUUCGUCAAAGUCUUCACCCACUUCCUUGCUGCCUUGGUGAGCGCCCAGGGAUCUUAUCUGGUGCCUGUCCUGUUGAAGUUGGUCGACAAGUUUCGCGACACCAACCCCUCCGUCUGGACCGUUCCCGACUUUCCCGACGUGAGCCGCGAUGAGAUGCGUCAGCGGUUGCACUCGGCAAUUCAAUAUCUAUUGCAAAUCUUUCCUUCUGCCGUCGCCGUUUUGGAGAAUAUCCUCGGCACCAAAUUCCCCUUCCCAGACGAGUCCAUGCGGAUACACAUGGCCUACAUUCACAACCUGCUGCGCGUCAAGGAUUACGUGCCGGACUUGCGAGAUGAGAUAUUGGACCUCAUACUGAACCGCGUCGUCAAGAUCGAUUCCCAGAUGCAGUUGGACCUGGAAGACCUUGACGACGACGUCACCGCCGCCGUCAUGUACGCGCUUCGGGAGAACCAACGACAGGCCUCCGAUUGGGAGGAAUGCAACUCUGACGACGACGACGACGGGGAUUCUGUCGACAGCGACGACCUAGACUACGACCAGGAGGCGAUGAGGAUAAAGACGGUCAAGGAGAGUGUCGAGAAGAUGGACGCCGUGCUCGAUACCCUCUUCACCUUCUACACGCCGCACUUCAUGAACCCCGGAUCCGACAAGGCCUUUGACAUGUUCACCACCAUCUUGCGCGAGUUCGACCACAUGGUCCUGCCGACCUACAAGUCAAGACACACCCAGUUUCUCGUCUUCCAUUUCGCCCAGCAGCAUGAGCGCCUCACCGACGCUUUCUGCGGCCAGCUGAUGGCAACGGCGUUUCAGGGGAACACGCCCAAUGUAUUGAAGCAGGCUGCGGCAUCCUAUCUCGCUAGCUUCGUCGCGAGGGGCGCCCACGUGCCGAAGCAUUUGGUACGAACCAUGUUCAUGCUCCUCAUUCACCACCUGGAACAGUAUCGACGGAGGUACGAGCCGCUCUGCCGCGGCCCAGACCUGAGGAGGUUCCACCCGUACUAUUCCCUUGUUCAGGCGACACUCUACAUAUUCUGCUUUCGAUGGCAGGACCUGGUCGUAUCGGCCCCCGAUAUGGUCGAGCCCGACGACCCGGCCUCGUACAUUGGCCAAGAUCUGGAGUGGGUCGGCACUUCGAAACAGGACCUCUCGGUACAAAUAUUUGGGAAGCUGAAUCCCCUCAAGGUCUGCGCCCCGGUCAUCGUGGAGGAGUUUGCGAGACUCGCACACCGCCUCAACUUCAUGUACAUCUAUCCACUGGUGGAGAGCAACAAGCGUGUCCGGCUGACCCAGUUCCUCUCCUCGACCUACGCCACCGGCGGCGCGCUUCGAGAUACGGGGAGCGAUGCCCAAGCCGAAAGCUUUCACCAGCUCGAUCCCUACUUCCCCUUUGACCCGUACCAGCUGCCGAUCAGCAAACGGUGGCUGGUGGAAGACUAUGUUCACUGGAAGUCAGUCCCGGGACUGAAUGCCGACGACGACGACGAUAGCGACGACGUGGGCGAUUCGGAAGACGAUGAUAGAGUCGAGGAGCAUACCGCCACAGACAGCGAGAACGAUGAUCUAGAGUAA